AUGUUGGAAUACAAAAUAUGCAAUGGAGAAACAGCAUUAAGCUUGGCAGCAAAAGCUGGCUUUGUGGAAAAUGUGUGAAUGUUACUCGAAAACAGUGUUUAUCCCAAUACCACAAAUUACAAAGGAGAAACUCCACUUCUUAUUGCUACAAGAAGGGGCUCUUUUGAAAUGGUAUCCACUCUGAUUAAAUACAACUGUACUAUCUACCAGCUGUGCAUGAAAUGUUGGUCAGCAAUGCAUGAAGAUGCAAAACAGAGAUGCAAAGACAUUGUUGAUCUUCUGAAGAAUGGCGGAAAUGUGAACAUUAAGGGUGAAUAUUGAGUAACACCAUUAGGUGUUGCUGAUGAAUAUGGUCAAUGUGAUGUGCUGGAGCAUCUUAAUUAUAAAUUUAUAACACUUAGCGUCAAAGCAGACCACAGUCAGUGUGGAGAUGUCCAGGCCUUAGCAGAAGAUCGUGCAUCAGUACUGUUUAAAGUAGCUGGAGGAGGUAAUCCAGACUGCAUAGCCCUUCUUUUGGAAUAUGGAGGAAGGGAUAAUGUGCAUAAUGAGGCCAGACUGCUUCCCAUACACAAAGUGUCUAUUGUUGUUCCUUGAUUGAAACAUUUAGCAGGAAAAGUGGUUUGUGUUUUUAUAGAUUGCAUGGAUUAUGUUCCUUCAUGCAUAAGAAUGAAGUUUUUUCUAGAAACACAGGAAGAAUGGACAGAGAUACAUCAGAUUGUAGAUAAUCCUUUCUUUUCGAAACAUCUGUGUUGUCUGAAAAUAUGUAAACUCAUGGGGUUAAAGAGACUCCAGAAACUGUCAUCCAUGAAGAAAUUUCCACUUCCACCAGUUCUCAAGAACUUAAUUCUAUAUAAAAAAUAUGAUCUGCAUGGAAAAGGGAUGUAUUUAGAAUAGUUUUCAACUUUGAAUGACAGACCUUCAACUGUGAAUGACAGAGAAGGUUUAAACCAGGAUUAGGCCACCUUCUAUAACAGGCUACUAAACAAUAAAAAGGGCCCAGAUGUAUUGAUAAAAAGAUAAACACAACAAUACCACGUCUUUUUACCUUACCUAAUGAUAUUCAAAAGACUAGUUCAUGA